UAGGCUGUUUCUCGGCACCCAAGGACACCUUUACAUUCAUUUCCUGAUCCCACAGCCUCCUGAGUCAUCGCCAGACUCAGUGGGUCAGGCAGGAAUGCAGCAGGCAGGACUCACCCUCAUGGCUGUAGCUGUGUGUGUGGCUCUUCAAACUUCAGAAGCCAUACUUCCCAUAGCUUCCAGCUGCUGCACUGAAGUUUCCCAUCAUAUUUCCAGAAGACUUCUGGAAAGAGUGAAUUCAUGCAGCAUCCAGAGGGCUGACGGGGACUGUGACUUGGCUGCUGUCAUCCUCCAUGUUAAACGCAGAAGGAUUUGUGUCAGCCCACACAACCAGACUUUGAAGCAUUGGAUGAGAGUCUCCGAGGAGAAGAAGAAUGGCAAAGAAAAUCCCUGCCAUAAGAAGCUGCACAGCAGGAGGGACAGAAAGAGUCACAUCCAGAGAAAUCAUGGAAAACAGGGCCACAACGCUCCUCGUUAGGACCAGUGCGUGGCACUAUGGAGAUACCUCCACAAGUGAACUGGCUCAUAGUUGGUCAUAAGUUUGUCACCUGAAUCUUCUUUAUCGACACCCAAUGGUGUUUUCUGUUGUUUUUGUUGAUGGGUAGUUGCAGCUAAGGGUGUAAGUGGUAAAAAACCAACCCCAGGCAGCAAAAGCAAAGAACCAACAAAAUGUGUACAAGUGACCAAUAAUAUACUUAACUGAAAAUACAAAAUUCAUCUUUAUAUAUAAAAUUUAAAGGGGCAAUAUAGAUACAAUUCCUCUAACAUUUUAAUUUAAGUUCUCCAUUCCUACAGAGGAGCUGAAGGAACGGUACAAGGUUUAUGUACACACCUGACACCUACAUUAGUCACUGUUAGUGUUUGCUCUCUGUUUGUAUGUGGGCAGGGCACACAAGUAUAAGAGCUUUUCCACUAAAUCAUCUGAAAAGUUGCAAA